AUGAACGCCCAGCUCAUCCAGCUCCGCUGUGCCAACGGCGACAUCGUAACCACCCCCGAAUCCGUGGCCAAGAUCCCCCGCAUCGUGGACCCGAAUUUUUGCGCCAAUUCGGACAAGUACAUCCUGUGCUACAUUUUGGAGGCGUUGAAGCGGGAAGACCAUCGCUUCAUUGUUCCGGAUGACUUUGUGGCCUGGGCGUCAUUGAGGAACGAACUCCGCCGCCUUGGCCUUGAUAAAAUGGCGACAAUGGAUGCUAGCCCCCAUACAAUCACCAUUUCAUGCCAAGCAGCCCUGUCAAUUGGACGCCUAAAUCCGGAAGUCACCUUCAGAAAGAUUCUUCGGAUCGUGGUAUGCGGAAGGGUGGCUAUUUGUCGGGAUGUGUUCGAGGACCAGUUAAACGAAGCCCGGGACAGUGACGCUACGGAGGAUAAAUACACAUCGCGCUUUUUCCUCAAGCAUUCGCAGCUUGAACGAGCCUUCGAUGCCCUGGGCCUAAAAGGCUUUCGCAUGGUCGGCUCGUCGACGUUCGCCCCACAAGUGCCACAACAGAACGACGAGACCACUUUUCUGCACCACUCUCAAUUUGUCUUCACGCGCCUUCCCGGGCAAGCACCGAUCUUCAAAGAAAGCCAACAGCAG